AUGGCGAAUCCAGACGAUGAUAUCGGUGUAGAGAGGCAUGCCGAUCACGAGGCUGAAGCCCAACAUGAUGAUGAAAUCAAAAGGUCUGCACUUGACGAUGAAAAUAAUAGAACCAUGUCCACCGCAUCAUCUACAUACGCCGCUGAUCAGAUGUCACUUUUCCAUGAAUGUGUCUUCAUCGCAACGAUAUGUACGGCUCAAUUUACUACACAAGUGGGUCUAACCCAAACAUUGGGCAUUCUGCAUCAGAUCGGCGACAGCUUCGGUAUCACGAACCCCGGAGUACUUUCUUGGUUCAUUGCUGGUUAUAGCUUGACGGCGGGGACCUUCAUCCUUGUUGCCGGCCGGAUUGGGGAUCUCUUUGGGUACAAAAGAGUUUUCUUAAUAGGCAUGUUGUGGUUCUCUCUCUGGACAAUGGUUGCGGGACUCAGUGUCUAUUCGAACCAGUAUCUGUUUAUAUUCGCCAGAGUACUUCAGGGACUGGGCCCUGCUGCAUUACUACCCAACGGACUUGCACUCUUAGGAGUUUCAUAUCCUGCCGGGCCAAGGAAAAACAUGGCAUUCGCGUUAUUCGGUGCCUGCGCUCCAGGCGGGGGGGUCUUCGGAUUCCUCUUCUCCGGCCUGUUCACGUUAGCUUGGUGGCCGUGGACAUUCUGGAGUUAUGCUAUCGCGCUGGCACUGCUGGCCGCCUUCAGCGCCCUAGUCAUCCCAGCACAAACCCGCUCGCGAGACCAAGACAAGACGCUUAGAGAAAAGCUCCAAAUGCUCGAUAUACCGGGAGCCAUCACCGGCGUCGCAGCGCUAGUGCUGUUCAAUUUUGCAUGGAACCAAGGCCCGGCGUACGGCUGGCAACAGGCCUACAUCUACGUCACCCUCAUUCUCGGCAUCCUUUUCGCAGUUUCCUUCUUUUUCAUCGAGUCUCGGUGGGCCAAGAUGCCGCUUGUGCCCUUCCAGGUCUUCACGGGUGAUAUCAUAUUUGUGGUUGCCUGCAUUGCCUGCGGCUGGGGCUGCUUUGGGAUUUGGAUCUAUUACUUGACGCAGUUUAUCGAGGUGCUGAGGGGCGGCUCACCGUUGCUCCUGGCCGCAUACAUCUGCCCCGUAGCUGUCUCGGGUGCGUUCGCAUCUGUGGCUACUGGCUUCCUGCUGCACCACGUUCGCGCGGCGUGGGUCAUGACAUUCUCACUUACGUGUUUCAUGGUGGGGACCAUACUGGUGGCGACGGCACCGGUACAUCGAACGUACUGGGCCCAGUUGUUUGUGUGCAUGCUGGUCAUCCCAUUCGGCAUGGAUACGUCAUUUCCUGCGGCGACGGUCAUUUUCUCGAACGCUGUUAAAAAGGAGCAUCAGGGAAUGAGUGCGGCCUUGGUUGCUACGGUCGUCAACUAUAGUAUCUCGCUUGGAUUGGGAUUUGCGGGCACGAUUGAGGUGCAUGUCAAUCAUGGUGGCACGACGCCUGCUGAUAUCCUGCUUGGGUAUCGUGGCGCUUGGUAUUUUGGCAUUGGGUUGACUGUACUAGGCAUUGGGUUGAGUUUGAUCUUUGUCGCGAAAGGCUACUGGCAUGACAAUAAAGAGAAGCGAAGUUCAGAGCCGUGA